GAACAUCCGACUUACCGAGCGACAGUUCAUGAGCACCAGUUCGAUAAAGACGACUGUCCCUCAUAGCUAGAGUGAAACAUCACCGAUAGCUCUAGCCGCCCUGAGCAGGGAUGUCUAACAUUGCUGGACCAUCAAAUCAUGACUACACUGAAGGCGCCUCCGCCAUCGACAUCUCCAAUGCAGUCUCUAACUCCCGCCGUGGACGUCGCGACUCGCAAUACAGCAUCGCCUACGACGAUGCCGCAGGCUCUAUGUUUUCUGGCCCAGGUCACUCCGUCAUCCCGUCCAGCGUCUCGCGCAUGACCCAUACGCGCUCACUUAGUCGUCAUCGAAGCGAAGAUAGCCAGGCGUCACAGGGAAGAGGACCAAGGAGGCGAGGGAGCUCACACAGUAGAGCCGACAGCGUGGGCGCUACGUCCGGAGAAGAUGAAGAGGAGGACAUCACGGGGGAGAGACCGUUGAUGAGGAGAGGAAGGAAAUCACCGUCGCCACAUCGGAAUGGUGUUUUUGAGAAUAUUGCGCAUCUGUUUGGACGGGAUAAGAGUACAGCGGGGCGUGAGCACUCGCGACGGCCUUCGUUCUCCCAGCGGUCGACAGCAUCGUCAAGAAGGCGGUGGGGGACUCGUUCUGACGCUGGCUCGGUCGCAGUGGAUAGUGACGAAGAGGAGGAUGGGGACGACCGCUGGGGGUAUUCGUCAGGAGAGGAGGAUGAAGCAGAAGCUUCGGGAGACGAGGACGUUGCGAGAUCUCCUUCACCGGCCGCCAGCAUGGAUUACGGAUCCAACCCACCCUCACCCACUCACUCCGCUCACCUCCCACUCCUCUCUGCUGAUCAAUUCUUCGGUGACGAAGCCCGUAUCGAAAUCGACCUCGAACCCCUCGACCCACCACCGCCCGGCCCACCCAGCCGCCAAAUCAUCUACAUCACGGAAGAAGACACCUCCAUCCGUUUCGUCGGUUACGAGACAAUGUUCUUUCGUAAGUGGGUCUGGCGAGCACUUUGCAUACUCUCCUUCGGCCUCUUGGGCCUCUUGGGUCACUGGUUUCCGAAGUUGUGGCUACGCUGGGUCGCGAAGGAGAGGGCCUUCAGAGAGUUGAAGGAUGGACUCGUAGUGGUCGAGACUGCCUACAGGGAUAUAGCGCUGUUUCCAGUACAAAGGCUCGAGUAUCCGUAUCCCGCCUCGACGGUGUUUGCGGGUCCUUUAGUCGGAGUGGCUGGUCUUACUAAAGUAAAUGGGACCGCAAACGGACACACGAAUGGCGUCGGUGCGCUCGGCACGCUAGAUGGCGAGAUGCUGGAGACGUUGCUGGUGGUCGAUUAUCGAUAUGCGAGGUUUGCGUUGGAUGAACGCGAUGGGUUGUUCAAGAUGACUAAGGACUGGCGAGACCCUUCCUGGACGGGUGUACAAUCCGUAAAGAAUGGCCUCGACGAUGGAACUAGGGCACAGAGGCUGAAACUGUUCGGACCAAACCUGAUUGAAAUCGCGGCCAAGUCGACUAUAACGCUCAUGAUUGACGAGAUCAUACAUCCGUUUUAUGUCUUCCAAAUUGCGAGCAUUAUUCUCUGGUCCAUCGAUGAUUACUAUUAUUAUGCCUUCUGCAUUGCGUUGAUUUCGACUUUGAGCGUCGCCACGACCCUCAUCGACACGAAAAAGACCAUAGCACGGAUGCGCGAGAUGUCACGAUUCUCAUGUCCCGUUAGCGUCUUCGUAGAUGGAGCUUGGCUCUCUCGCGAGUCUUCCGACCUCGUCCCCGGCGACAUCAUCAACCUCCUCUCCCCCCCUCUCCCUAUUCUCCCCGCAGACCUCUUCCUCCUCUCCGGCGACGGAAUAGUAAAUGAAUCCAUGCUAACCGGAGAAUCCGUCCCCGUCUCCAAAGUCUCCGUCUCAGACGAAGAUCUCUCCCGCUGGCGUGAAUCGCGCGACGUUUCCAGCGACAUGUCUAAGUCUUUCCUCUAUGCCGGUACCAAGGUGGUGAGGAUACGGAAGGGCGUGGGGGCGAUAGAUGAGGUCAAUGAGAGGCCGGCGCUGGGGAUCGUGGUUCGGACAGGGUUCAGUACGACGAAAGGGGCACUCGUGAGGUCGAUGUUGUUUCCGAAGCCGAUGGGGUUCAAGUUCUAUAGGGAUUCUAUACGGUUCAUCAUGGUGCUUGCGGGGAUCGCGGGGGUAGGAUUCUUGGCCAGUGCCGUGCAGUUCGUCAGGCUCGGUGUCCGAUGGCAUACUAUCCUCCUCCGAGCACUCGAUCUCAUCACCGUCGUCGUCCCACCCGCACUUCCCGCCACGCUCUCCAUCGGAACCAGCUUCGCCCUCAGCCGUCUCCGCCAAUCCGGAAUAUUCUGCAUCGCCCCCAGCCGCAUCAACGUCGCCGGAAAAAUCAAUGUCUGCUGCUUUGACAAGACCGGGACGCUCACCGAAGACGGACUCGAUAUCCUCGGCGUCAGGGGUCUAGAACGCAACGUACACCGGUUCGGGGAGCUCAUUGAGGACGUGGAUGAUUUACCAUUGAGUGGUGGUGGUGGUGGGAGGGGGAAGGAGAGCUUUUUGCAGGCGUUGGCAACGUGUCAUCAGUUGAAGGUGGUGGACGGGGAGGUUAUUGGGGAUCCGUUGGAUGUGAAGAUGUUCAUGUUUACGAAGUGGGCGAUCGAGGAGGGACAUGUCGCUGGGACUGCGGUCAUCAAAGGAAAGAAGAGUGGUGCGACUGGAGAUGGUGCGAGUGAUAGUGGAAGGCCAGCGGCGUUGGUGCAGACGAUUGUGAGGCCGCCGGGCAGCGCGCAGUUCAGGGUUGAAGAUGCGUUGAAGGGUGCGGCGAAGCAUGCUCAUUUCUUGGAAUUGGGUGUCAUUCGAACGUUCGAGUUUGUUUCUCAGCUUAGACGGAUGAGCGUCGUGGUCAAGAGGCUCAAGAGCACAUCUAUGGAAGUCUACGUCAAGGGAGCUCCGGAGGUCAUGGCAGAUAUCUGCAUGAAGGAGUCAUUCCCGGAUGAUUACGAUGACCUGCUAUCGUACUACACCAAGCGCGGCUACCGUGUCAUCGCUAUAGCUGGAAAAAGCAUUGAGGGGCUGUCAUGGCUGAAAGCCCAACGGCUGAAACGUGAACAGGCCGAAUCAGGCCUCCGCUUCCUCGGCCUCGUCAUCUUCGAAAACAAGCUCAAGCCAGGUACAGCGCCCGCCAUUCAAGCACUUCGACAAGCGCAUCUUCCGUGUAGGAUGAUCACGGGUGAUAAUGCGCUCACGGCUGUUAGUGUGGCGAGGGAGUGUAAUCUCAUCACACAGACGACACAGGUGUUUGCGCCUGCAUUCGUAAGAGGGAACUCGACUACGCCACUCGCGAAACUGGAAUGGACGUGCAUGGAUGACCCUGAAUGGGAGUUGGACGACUACAGCUUGAGGCCGAAGGAGGCACCUGCGCAUCAUGGGAUAGAUGAGGAUAUGUUGGAUCAUCAGGACUAUGCGUUGGCUGUGACUGGAGAUGUGUUCAGGUGGAUGAUCAACAAUGCUCCAUUGGAGACUUUACAGCGGAUGUUCGCUCGAGCCCAGAUAUUCGCACGUAUGUCGCCCGACGAAAAGAACGAAGUCGUAGAACGGCUUCAAUCACUAGGCUACACCGUCCUCAUGUGCGGAGACGGUGCCAACGACUGUGCGGCACUCAAAGCCGCGGACGUAGGAUUAUCAUUGAGCGAGGCAGAGGCGAGUGUGGCUGCUCCGUUCACGAGUCGGACGCCAGAUGUGAGUUGUGUGCUGGAGGUGAUCAGGGAAGGGAGGGCGGCGCUGGUGACGAGCUUUAGCUGCUUCAAGUACAUGGCGCUGUACUCUUUGAUUCAGUUCACGACCAUCACAUUGUUGUAUUCCUUCGCCUCGUCGUUGGGUGACUUCCAGUUCUUGUACAUCGAUCUGUUCAUUAUCAUUCCCGUCGCCGUCACCAUGGGUCGCACGCUUCCAUUCCCUCAGAUACAUCCGAAGAGACCUACUGCGAGUUUGGUCUCGAAGGGCGUGUUGACGAGCAUCGUCGGACAGAUUAUCAUCACGAGUGUCGUGCAGUUUUGGGCAUUCUUCUGGGUCAGGCGGCAACCAUGGUACUUUCCGCCGUCGACAGAUCCGGAUUCGGACGAUGAUCAUUUGCAGGCGACGAACUACGAGAACACGUCGUUAUUCUUGGUUUCGUGCUUCCAGUACAUCCUCGUUGCGGCUGUAUUUAGCAUCGGGCCACCAUAUCGCAAGCCGAUGUGGACGAACGGUUGGCUGAUGCUAUCACUCGUCGCGCUGUCGGCCUUCAACGCACUCGUCCUGCUCGCCCCUCCUCAUGUCAUCUCGAUGAUUCUCGAGUUGAUGCCCAUCCCAUCGGGCGCGAGAUGGGUGCUGCUGUUCGCGGUUGCCAUCAACGUGGUGGCGUCGCUGGCGUUUGAGCGGUGGGGCGUCCAGGGCGUGGUCGGGAUAUUGGAUCUGGUGUUGGUGGAGAAGCGGCGAAGGGUGAGGGAUGGGAAGACGUACAAGGUCGUGGAUGGACGUGGAUAGGAUAGAGCGUGAUUCUUGAAUAUAUGUUUAUUUGUCCCACCUCAUGUUUGUAGAUUUUACCGACGAACGGCAG